GUGUCGGCGGACUGCGGGGUGGCCCUCGGUCGGUCCGGGCGGGCGGGAGUUGAGAUUCGGCGGACCCGCGCGGAACCGACUGACCCGGUGUUGAGCGAGGGCGGGUUAGGAAAUGGAUGGGUCAGCUUGCUCUCGGUCGGGCUCUGGCUCUGGCUCUGGCUGCAAUCUGUGGCUGCUCUGAAGGCACUGGCUUUGCUGCUGGCGGUGUGCAUCCUGGAAUAAUACGUGGAUAUCGUAGAAGACGCAAUAAGAAGAUGCAGUUGUUCCUGAUACUCAUUUCAGUGUACAGCAAACUCACAGCUCGGACACCAAAGACCCUGUUCAGCACCGGCAUCAGCUCGGAGUCGGCCGGGGCGAAAGGGAAGCAGAGCUCUGCUCGUCGUUUGUUAUGUUCCUGCUGCUUGCAGGAUCUUGUUAUCUUUCUCGCAGCUUAUUCUGUGUCUGUGCUCUGCUCUGCCUCUGCAGCUCCGAAAGAAGGUGGACCGAGCAGAGCCAUGAGCAAGCCAUGUGUCUGCCUGCUCUGUCUGCUCUGUCUGUUCUGUCUAUGCUCUUCGUCGAGGGCUGAAAUCCAGAUUCAUCCGGAUGAUCUGCAAUAUCAAGACGAAAAGACAAAGGCGAAAACUAUCGCCAACUCUUCCCAAACCAUCUGCAUCGGCUGUCUGUCUCUUUGUCUGCUUCACUUCUCGUCCCUGCCCUCGGCAUCACUUUCACGUGAAUCCAGACUCUGCCCAUGUCGGAACAACGUCGGCACUGACUCAUUCUCUUCAAUCAAGCAAAAGAUAGUUUAAUGAUUCGAGUGUAAAUAUAAAUAAGCUAUAAAGAAAUAUAGACGAUUAAAAAAAAGAACCAAAAAACUCAACCAAAAAAUCAAGAGGCCAGCUCCGAUUAUUAGUC